AUGUGGAAGCCGGAAUCUGGAUUCGAAUUAAUUGCGCUCAACAAUGACUAUUUCUUGGCCAAGUUCGACUCACUUGCGGACUAUGAAGCUGCCAAAUAUCAGGGACCAUGGAUGGUUUUCGAUCAUUACCUAAUAACGCUCGAGUGGAGGCCAAAUUUCGACACAAGAAAGGGCGCGGUGGAUAAAGUCUUGGCAUGGCUAAGAUUCCCCUCCCUCCUGAUUGAAUACUUUGAUGAGGACUUCUUGAAAAAAAUCGGCAAGAAUAUAGGGCGCCCAGUCAAGAUCGACACUGCAACAGAUUUUGUCUCCAAAGGUAAAUUUGCUAGGGUAUGUGUAGAGCUGGAUAUAUCUAAGCCACUUUUGCCGAUGUUUGUCAUUGAAGGGGUUGAAUGGCCAAUUGAGUAUGAAGGCAUCCAUCAGAUUUGCUUCAAGUGCGGAACUUACGGUCAUCGGAUAGAGCAAUGUGGGGUAAACGAAGCAGGAGAGUCCACAUCUGUCAAUGGAGCGAGUGAAGCACCACCUGUGCCAGCCCCAAUCCAGAAACCUAAAGAAAGAUAUGGGGCAUGGAUGCUUGUCACACGCAAGGACAGGAGAAGACAAAACAGAACACCUUUUCAGCCUGGAAGCGGAGUGGGCAGACCAAGGACCCAUUCGACACCUGGUAACACUAAUGAACCAGUUCACCUGGGUUCUCCAUCGCGAUUUGCUGCGCUGCAAAAUGAGGAUGAAUUGAUGGGAGAAAACCAAGGAGAUCUACCUAGAGCUCCAGACGUUCACCAAUCGGUUAAUCUACCCAGAAUCAGGACUAAUUACAGAGGGGGUCAUCAAGGAUCUGGCCGAAGGCCAACAGAAGGAGAUAGGACAAUAAACCAUCCACCGCCCACACCUCAAGCCCCACCACCAACUCGAGAAACAACAAGAGGCCGUGGGGUGUAUCAUGAAGACAUUCAAACGGAUGCUCCUGUACUGGUCGACCAUGGAGACAGCCUGGAGCACGUUCCGCCUGAUAUCAACUUGGCUGAACCAGUGAUGGGCGAACCUCCGGAUAUCGAUAUGCAGGAUGGAGUUGGUCGUUCUGACCAUAGUGGAUUUGUGGCAGACUCUCGCCAAGGCCUUUGA